AAAAUCCUUGCAGGAAGAGAGCCACAUCGGCGUUGAUUAGGCCGCCUGUGGUAUCGCAUUCGUCAGGCGGAAUCGUACCUUGCGUCAGAUCUGCUGUUUGCCGCGCGAGAUGCAUGGCUACACCGCACACAGAAACGACCUCUCGUCAGCAUCCUGCUGACGGCGACCACCAUCACCCGCACCCGCACGGCGAGACCCAUCCUCCUCCCACCACCACAGUGCCUAGCGAGCGCGAGGAGCACCCUUCUGUUGAUCUGGCGCAUCCAUCGAGUCGGCUUACCUCGCGGCUGGUGAGCGUGCCGGGCAGCUCCCCGUACGCAUACCCGUUUGCUUCGUCGGAUAGGGAGGGUCUAGAGGAGGGACAGCUGGAGCACACCAGGAGCGAGCGCACCGAGACAUUCGACGACGACACCAUGUCCAUCAAGUCGCAGCACAAACGCAUGAGAUCCGGUGGGGGGGGGACAGACGAAGAGAGGGAGAUGGGAGCGGAGGGGAGGGGAGGGGAAGGGUAGACAGACCACACACGAUUGACGUAUGCACACAUGCAUGCAUGCACAUGUUGUGGGUCGUUUCUGUGUCAUGUGUUGUGGUCGUGCAGAGUUAGGUGAUGUGCCCGAGUUGCACAACUGGGACGAGCGGCACUCGGCCCGGGAGCAGCGCCGCAUCGAGAACUACAUCAAGAUGAUCCAGGCUAGCGAGUCCAAGGCCGACCACCGGGGCGCCACGUCGCCCACCGGCCAGACGGAGAGCGGCUCGUCGGGCGCCGCCGUGGGUGGCAAGAAGGAGAGGGGGGUCAAGCGCAAGGACAUGGACAAGGACAAGGACAAGGACAAGGAUAGCAAGCCGGGCAAGAGGGGGGCAGGGGCGAAGGGGGAGGGCAAGGUGGCCGGUGGGGCCACCGAAGAGGGGGAGAAACAUGUGCGGGUGAGAGGGGAGGGGAGGAGAGGAGAGGAGUGGAGAGGAGAGGAGGGAAAGGCGUGUAUGUAUGCAUGUCUGCAAAUCUCUCUCUCUCUCUCUCUCUGUGUGUGUGUGUGUGUGUGCGUGCGUGCGUGUGUGUGUAUGUGGUCUGGUUUGGUCAGCGCCGUGGCCGUCCCCCCAAGGAGCGUGUAGUGGAUGAGACGACACCGCUCGCUGAGGCGCUCAGUAAGCCAUGCACCACACAAUGAACGGCAGGGCUGAUGCAUGCGGACAUGUAUGUAUGCUUUUAUCUGUGUGAUGUUUGCUGUUUCUCCUCUUGUGUGCCAGAGAGUGGUCGUCGUUCUGCCGUCAGCCCUCAGCAGGCCCAGGCCAAAGCCAAAGCAGCGGGAAAAGCCAAGCACAGGUAACCACACAACACAACACGCCAAAGCCGCGGACGCUCAUUCGUCUCUAUCCCUCCCUGUUUGUUGGUCAGUGAGCCGCGUAUCGCUCCCAGUGAUGCGAUGCCGCCCCAGCACCACCCGCCUGCCAUGGCUCCCCCGCUGCCCACCAACCCCUCAGCAGCACCAACAUCUGAGGAUGAGGACCGCCAGAGCUACGCCUUCUCGCCCUCCGCUGCAUCGCACCAUGCCCCUCUGCUGCACCCCCGCCCCAUUCCCAUCCCCGGCCAACACCCCGUGGUGACUCUGCCCCCCGCUGCCAAUGUCGUCACCAUGAUUGCCGACGUGGCCCCGCCGAACACCACUGAGGACAAGGAGAAGGAGCAGGCCAAAGCCAAGGGGGAGGGCGACGUGCCGAUGCAGCCGGUCGUGGUGGUGCCCUCCCAACCGUCGCCCUCCCCCCUGGCCAUGCGUGUCCUCGACCCCGCCAAGGAGGUCGACCGGCGCAUUCUGGCCCGGCGGGACAAGAAGGAGCGGCGCGCCAAGGAGAGGGCCGCCAAGGCGCAAGAGCUGCAACAGAAGAAACUUAUGCGGGAGGCGGCCAAGGCUAAGGCGGCGGAAGAAGAGCAGAGCAAGGGACAGCAGGGGGAGGGAGAGGGAGAGGGGGAGAAGCCAGAUGGGAAUACGGGCAAGGAGGAGGGAGAGAUAUGAUGGGAUGGCUGGCUGGCUGGCUGGCUGGUACCUAUCGUGAUGCAUUCAUUCUUUCGUUCAUGUGUGCGGCACCAUCCAUCCAUCCAUCCCCCAUCUGUGUGUAUUGCUAUUGUCACUUUGUUUGUCUAUGCAUACAUUGCUGGCACUGGGUGGUGGCAGUGGGUUGCUGAGUUUGAAUUGAAUCAGAUUCUGCCGAUUGAUGGUCGAUCGAUCGCUGCCCCUGAUGUAUCACACUGACUGCAGCGCAGUAGCGCAGAUCGACGACUGUAUUUAUUUGUAUACAUCGUAGCUGGCUGACGAUAUGUAUACAUAUGCAUUGUAUGUGUAUGUGUGUGUGUGCGUAUGUGUGUGUGUGUGCGGACACAUGCAUCACGUCCCGUCACACGAUUUAUAUCCAUCGAAUCAUUGAGUACACCAGGCGUCGAGCGGGUCUGAGGAAGACAAACAGACAAGCACAAAGCAGCGAACGAACCCACGAACGACACAGACAGACAUUUUCGUCCAACCAUUUCACCGGCGUGCGUUCCCGAGCACAGAGAGCAUUGCAUAUCCACCUGUUUGCUGCAUCUGCCCUCUGCGUGCUGCGUGUUGCGUGUCCGUGUUGCGUGUUAGGAUUUUCAUGUCAGGGCCUUCAUUCAUUCAUCUUAACUCCGUCCGCAUGUUCGUAGGCUCGGCGAG